AUGCGACCCGCGCCCUUCCUCUCGUCCUUCCAGUCGCGUCUCCUCUCCGACAACACCAAGCAGGCUAUCGAGAAGGCCGUUGGUUCCGCGCCUGUGGUCCUGUUCAUGAAGGGCACCCCCGAGACACCGCAGUGUGGGUUCUCGCGCGCAAGCAUCCAGAUUCUCGGACUCCAAGGCGUCGACCCGAACAAGUUUGCGGCGUUCAAUGUAUUGGAGGAUGACGAGUUGAGAUCAGGCAUCAAGGAGUUUUCCGACUGGCCGACGAUCCCUCAACUAUACCUCGACAAGGAGUUUGUGGGAGGCUGUGACAUCCUUGUUUCCAUGCACCAAGACGGCUCGCUUGCAAAAAUGCUGGAAGAAAAGGGAGUGCUGGCUCCCAUGGAAGGCUCAGACGCUGGAAAUUAG